AAGAAAUUAAAUGUUAGUUCGCUGAACAUCUUUUGAGUCAUUGACUUUAUUAACACACACACGUCCUCAAGAGGGCAGUGAACAGGCACAUCAUCGCAUAGAGCUAGCUAGCCAGCCAGCAAGAGAGAAAAUUAAGAGAGAUCAUGGCCAAGAUCUGGGGGGCUAUGCAUUGUUGGGAAGCCUGGCAGCUGCGCAUCCUGGUCCUCGGCAGCCUUGGCGUGCAGUGGUUCCUCCUCUUUGCCGCCCCGAUGCGCAAGUACACCAUCCCGCGCUGGUUCAGGACCUUCAUCUGGCUGGCCUACAUCGGCAGCGACGCCCUGGCCAUCUACGCGCUCGCCACCCUCUUCAACCGCCACGCCAGCAGCAGCAGCACCAGCAGCAGCUGCGGCAAUGCCGACUGGUCCAAGGCCUUGGAGGUGCUGUGGGCUCCCGUCCUCCUCAUCCACCUCGGCGGGCAGGAGGAGAUCACCGCCUACAACAUCGAGGACAACGAGCUGUGGACGCGCCACACCGUGACGCUCGUGUCCCAGGUCGCCGUCGCCGUCUACGCCUUCUGCAAGUCGUGGCGCAGCUCCGGCGACCGGCGGCUGCUCGCGUCGGCGAUCCUGCUCUUCGUCGUCGGCAUCCUGAGCUUCAGCGAGAAGCCGUGGGCGCUCCGGAGGGCCAGCAUCAACCGGCUGGCGGCCGUGUCGUCCAGGCUGCACGGACGGGACAGGAAGCCGCAUCGCAGACGAUGGGGGCUCUUCACCAAGCUGGAAGACAACCAUCAUCAUCAAGCCGCAGAUCAUCAUCAGGUAAUCCUGCCGGACGCAGAUAAAGUCCACAUGAUCCUCUCCGACAUGUCCCUGUUCGCCGCGUCCUCCGACCUCGCAAAACGGGAGCUGAUGAAGCAAGACAGCAUCAGACAGCGCCAGCAGGUUCUGGGGCUUCUGAGCCCCAGCGCGGAGAUGGGCUCCCAGCGCUGGCUGCGCAACGCCUUCGGCCUCAUCUACACCAGGGUCAACGUCGCCACCACGCCGGCGUACCUGGCGUUCCUGAAAUUCCACUUCCUGCUCGUCCCGGCGAUCCACGUCGCCGCCAUCUCGCUCUUCGCGGCGAGCUGCAAGCGCGGGUACGACCCCACCGACGUCACCAUCACGUACGUCAUCCUCUUCGUCACCGCCGCCCUCGACGUGCUCGCCGAGUCCAUCCGCCAGCUGCUCUACCAGGCCAUGUCCGCGGCCGGCGUGCCGGCGCUGUGCGAGACACUCCCCCAGCACAACCUCAUCGGCUCGGCUCGCCGGAGGAUGCACCCGGCCGCCGGCUGGCUGCUCAAGUGCGCCGCCCGCCUCGGCUUGGAGGAGGAGUAUUUCUUGUGCGGGCGCGAGAACCUCUACAGGAGGGUGGCGGGGUUCGUGAUGCUGGACCUGGUGCGCGCCACCUGCGACACGGCGACCGGCCUCGACCUCGCCACCUACCGGAGCUUCACCGCCGCCAACUGGGCGCUGAGCUUGGAGCUGCAGCGGCAGUGCGGCCCUAUGGUGCGGCGCACCCUGCGCGAGUCCUUCGACAAGAGCGUCCUCAUCUGGCACAUCGCCACCGACCUCUGCUUCCGCCGCAGUAGCAGCCCUCGGCCCGCCGGCGGGACCGGCGACCAUGAACUGUGCACGCGGGCGAUAUCCAACUACAUGGCGCACCUGCUCAACUUCCGGCCGGACAUGCUGAUGACGGGCAGCAGGCGCCACCUGCUCACCGAAGCCCUGGAAGACCUCGAGUCCAUCAUCCUCCGCCCGGACAUCGGCGACACGGCCAUGCUGGAGGCCAUCCAGAAGGCCGGCAGGUCGGAGCGGCACAGGUACCCUCUCAUCCACGACGCCUGCAAGCUCUCCGACGAGCUGAUGGAGGUGCGGCCGGAGGAGACGCGCUGGAAGCUCAUGUACAGAGCCUGGGUCGGCAUGCUCUGCUACUCCGCCACCAUGUGCAGGGGGUACCUGCACGCCAAGAGCUUGGGCGAAGGCGGCGAGUUCCUCUCCUUCGUCUGGCUCGUGCUCUCGCUCAAGGGGACCAAGACCUUGGCCGACAAGCUUCAGAUGCCGGAGCCUGACGCCCCUCAUCAGGACGACGGAGGAGCACCGCAACCGCCGCGGCAGGAGAUGCUGCCGAGAACGUCCACCGAUGACCUGGCUUCCCUGGUCGACUGACUCACAAAAACCCACUGCUGCCGCCUGCUGGUUUGGCGGUUUGUGUUUCUUGCUUGGUGUUCAUUUAUUGUUAGUAUCUGACUUUUUUUUUGUUGCAAAAAUCAACAUGUUAUCACGUGAUUAUCCCUAUCACACUUUCAUGGUAUCAAUCAUAUUUAAUUAAUCAGAGGUCAACAGUUUUUAUA